AUGUCAACGCCAAAAAGCCAUACAUCAAUGAACUUUUACAACAAUGGGAAUCAUCAAAGAUCCUUGCCACUUAUUUUAAAUAAAAGCAAAACAGUAAGAGUAAGGACUUCAGGGACACCGAAUUUUGCAGCAGCAAGCCCAAUUUUUCCAUCAAAGUCUAUGAGGCGGCAGUCAAUGCCUAAUGAAGAUACAGAAGACAUCAUGGAAGAUCCUCCUGAAAGACAAUUGUCUAAGGGAAGCAUGGAAUUUUAUCUUGGGCCACUUGGUGCCCAAGCGAGGCUCGAAUUUUUCGAAUCAUAUAAGAACAUUCGAAAUCAAUCUCAAAGAACUCAAUUUGAGCAUUUAGAAGAAAACCCAAAUUUAGCUUACUUAGAAAAGAUUGAUAAGGAACGCUUAAAUCCAAACCCAUUUGGGAUUAUUCGGAGAAAAGGCCCAGAAGCUGCAAUUGACAUUCGUCAUUACAGCAUGGGGGAUAAUUAUGCGAGAGCUUUUUCAAGAGGGUUAAAUCACUACAGAGAAUUAGAAAGGCUUGAUUUAGGCUCAAAUAGGCUUACAGAGAGUGGAAGUGUUAAAAUAUUAAAAAAUCUUCAAGACAAAAAUGUCAGAACUUUAAGUUUAGCUGACAAUUCCUUAGGGAUAAAAUCAAUUGAAAAAAUUAUCGAGCUUGCAUCAAGGCCAUUUUCAAAACUAAAACACAUCAAUUUAGAAAAAACAAAAAUCGGAGAUUCUGCAGUAAUUGACUUAUGCAAGCACCUUACUGAAAAUAAAGUAGUGACUAAGCUAAAUUUAGCAUGCAACAAUAUCACCUCAAAAGCAGCAACUGCAAUAAAAGAAAUGAUAAGAUACAACACCUGUAUAAAAAAUCUUGAUUUUCAUUGGAAUAACUUAAGAGGAUUAGGAGCAAUUGAAAUUUUUGAUGCUCUUUAUCAGAAUGACUGCAUAAGGCAGUUAGACUUAUCUUGGAAUGCAAUGGGAAGAUAUGAAAAUUCAGACGUAGGCCAAGCAAUUUCAAAGGCGCUGAGGAUAAAUUCUAUUCUUAAGCAUUUAGAUCUUUCCUAUAACUAUUUUAGUGAAGAAGAGUGCAAAAUUAUUGGUCAAGGCCUAAGCGAAAACCAUGAUUUAUUAGGAAUCCACAUGCUUGGUAAUGACUGCUAUAUUGAUUCAAGAGGGUUCAUAAUUCCGACAGCAUACAGCGGAAAAAUCGAGCAAGGCCAUUUUUUCCACAGAAUUCUAGGCAAGGACAAAAAUAAAAGCCCUCAAAGAGGAGGCUUCUCCAUGAAUUGCUGGAUCUGUGAAAAAUGGAUGGAGAUGAUUUUUGCAUGAAUUCCUGGGAGAUCUGGAGCUGCCAAAGAGGAUCCUAUUUUCCUUCAUUUGGAAUGUGAUGGCUAUACACCUCAGCUAAUGGACAUUCUUCCUAAUGGAUCAUUUCAGCUUAUCAGAGCUGUUCCUCCAGGUACUAUAAAAUUUUUUUACAGUGACUUAAAUGGCCCAAUGAAAUCUGAUGAAUUUAAAAUUAAAUAUUUAGACCAGCCUUUCAAAAAUAAGCUUCAUUAUGGAGGUGGGUAUACAGAAACAGUCAAUAUCCAUGCUGUAAAUAUAAGAAAUGUUAUUGGAGAUGAAUGUGGGGUUAAAUAUACAUUUAAUGUAAAACCCAGAAUUAUUGGAAGAGUGUAUCAGCCACCAUUAGAAGAAAUAGAAAGAAUUCCAUGGAGUAUUCCUAUAUCACUGUUUAAGGAUUAUAAAUUUGAUACUGAAAAAUAACUUAUGUGGAGGGAUUUCCUCUUCUGGGCUCAUUUUAUUAAUAUAAAGCUUAGGUUUUCUAGAGAAUUCUCUUCUGCAACAUCAGAUAACCAACAGCUAGAGGUGCGCAGCUUUACGACCUGGUCAAAGCCUAAUGGAAACACUGGAUUUUACUGCUUGGCACUUCAGAAAAGGGGUGAAAUUUAGCGCGGAUACGUACAGAAGCUGAACUCAGAGUGAUGGCAAUGCGCGAGGCGAGAGACACUGAUUAGGAUGGAGGCGGCAAGGUAUAGGAUGGUCUGCUAAUUUUUGUCAUAAAUACUCAUGAAGUCACCACAUUUUUGUCUCAUGCCCAGAUGCCUUAAACACUUAAUCUAAUGUAAUGUAUGAUACUGAAGAAACCUUAAACGAGUGUUUUGAGUUUGAUUGGAGAUACUCAAGAUUAGCUAAUUUUGUAAAAAAUCCAACUGAUCAAGAAGCUGUGAGAGAUAUUUUAAAGAAAAACUAUAUGCAUAUUAAAGAAACGUUUAAAAACUUGUCUGCAUAUGGAGGAUCUGAGCUAUUUUCAAUAGGAACAAAUGUGCUUACUGAUUUCCUCAACCAAUGUCUUCUUAUAGAUACCUUUUACGGAGCAAGUGAUAUGGGUGUGAACUGGAACUCAGUCAUUGUUCCAAAAGAAAAAGGGCAGAUUUAUAAUCCAGGCAGUGCUUUAGUAAGGUAUGAAUUUAUGGAAAUCCUGGUUAGAAUUGCUAAUGAUAGAUUUCUGAGGAACAAAAUCUGCAGUAAUAUUGCAGAUUCUGUACAAAAAAUGAUUGACGACCAUUUAAUUAAAAAUAUGAUUCCAAUGGAUACCAAUAUAUGAAGAAAUGAAAAAUAUGCCAAUUUGAUUAAUCAUGCUAAUUUUUAUUAGUUGAUAAAUGCAAUAACUUGCCGAUAAUAGUUAAUAAUUAUCGCAAUUAAUUCAAUUAAAUACAGCUUAUCUUUGUGAAGAAGUAGAUUUAGUAUUAAAAGCCCAUAAACCCAUUUUAGAUGCAAUCUACAAAAAAUAUAGUGGGAAAAAGACUCUUCCUGGACAAAAAGUAUUUAUGUGUUUAGAUGAGUUUAGGAACUUGUGCAACGAAGGUGGACUUGUUAAUGAUAAUUUUGCGAGCAGAGAAAUUGACCUUUGCUUUAACUUAGCAAUGAUGACUCAAAUUGAUGAGCUGUAUAAGAAAAGACACAUAGAGAUGAGCUUUGUGGAGUUCUUAGAGGCAAUAUGUAGAGCGUUCGAUAUGGCAAGCAUUGCUAAUGUUCCAUUGAUUGAGUUGGAAGAAGAAAAGCAUCUAUUUGAUCCCAAAAAUGACAAGCUUCCGCUUAAUAAGAAAGUUGAAGCAGGAGUACAAAGUCUAAUUAGGCUUUGCCCCGAUGCUGUUCGUGAAACUUUUGUUUAUCCAACUGAUGAAACUUAUAAGAAAAUGAUGUAUAGGCCUAGAACUAACUCAAAGGUAAAUUUAUGCUAUUUAAAUAUCUUAAUAAUUAUAUUUUAUUGUUUAAAUAAUAAAUUAUUCGUCAGUAGUAAGGCAUCUAAUUAA